AUGAACAAGUUUGGAGACCUACCUGGUAUUGAUUAUAAUAGUCAAGAAAUAUUUGAAUCUUCAGAUAUUGAAACUGAAGAUCACCUUGGCAAAGAUUCAAAAGAGGAAGACUCACAAGAUAUAAAUUUACAUGAAUUACAAGCUCAAUUUGCCGAAAUCAAGGUCACCAGUAACGAUUAUGAUUUCUCCGGUAAUGUACUAAAUCAAAGAGGCUUUCAAAUUGACAAAAGAAAGGAAACGAGACAGGAAAGAUUAGCAAGGAUAAAACGAGAAUUGGAGGAGGUUCUACAAGAAGAGGAGUCAAGCUGUCCCAAGACUGAUGACCUACUACAAACUUUCAAUUCGUUAAAUACAACACCGGAUAAGCGAAAGUUUCCCAAGGAAGAGGAACUCAAGAUUAAUGAAAUUCUAAUACCACCACCCGGGCCAGUCAAGCAUGCACCACAACAAACUGCGACAUUCGUCAGUCUUGAAAGUAAGUUGAAUCAACUUGAAAAGCAAUUGGGCAUUGACAACUCAAUAUCACAACCAGUUCAGCACUCAAUUAAUGAUAUAACUAGAAAACUUGACAUUAUCAACCAUGCCGAUUUCAAUAUCGAUUCGAUCAAAUCCAAAAUUGAAUCAACGGGGAAGGAAAUGGAGAAGUUGGAAUUGAACAAGCGAUUAUUUGGAUGGGAAGAUGUACCAACUUCAAAGACGGAUAAAAUUGAUGAGCUAUACAAAAUAUUGCCAGAUUUGAAAAAGUAUUGUGGUAAAGCUCCAUUGAUUCUAGAAAGAAUUAAAGGGUUAAGUAUGAUACAUCGUGAAUUGGAAGAAUCUUUGAAUUUUACCAUUAAUUUGAAUCAGUUUAUCAGUGAUUUGGAACAAGAUAUGCAACAAUGGAAUAAGUCGUUAGAUGUGUUGAGUCAAGGAUUGGAUACACUGAAGGACACAUUUGAAACCAAUAGCAAGAGAUUUGAAAAUAGACUAGAGGAGCUUGAAAAAAAAAUAGCGCGAUAA